AUGGUUGGUGUAGGCCACAUCAUGGGCAUGGCAUGCCUAGGCAAGGCAAGCCAUCCGAAGCCUCGAAUAGCCUCACUUUCUCAUAAUGCCUUGAAUGAUAAGCAAUGCAAAGGCAAGGCAACGCAUGGGUCUAGGCCACAUCUUGGGCAUGGCGCAAGGCAAGGCAAGCCACGCCAUCUGAAGCCUCCAAUAGCCUCACUUUGUCGGAAUGCCUUGAAUGGGUGCGACUUGCCAAGGCAAGGCAAGCAUGCUGCGUGCAGGCUACAUGCAAGCCAUGACAUGACAAGGUUUGAAAAAUUCUGUCAAUAUUUUCAUCAUGUUGCGCGCACAUUGCAUGCAAGGCAUGGCAUGACGAGGUUUCAAAAACUCUGUCCACAUUUUCAGCAGGCUUCGUGCAUGAUGCGCGUAGGCUGCGUGCAAGGGCAGGCAUGCCAAGCUUCCAAUAGCCUCACUUUCUCGGAAUGCCUUGAAUGGGGAGCAAUGCCAAGGCCAAGGCCCGACAUGCCAACGCAAGGCAAGCCACGCCAUCCCAAGCUUCCAUUAGCCUCACUUUCCCGAAAUGUCUUGAAUGGGGAGCAAUGCCAAGGCCAAGCCAAGGCACGACAUGCCAAGGCAAAGCAAGGCAAGGCAUGUCAAGGCCAAGGCAUGCCAAGGCCAAGGCAUGCCAAGGACACGACAUGCCAAGGUCAAGGCACGACAUGCCAACGCAAGAAUUUCUCUCUCUCUCUCUCUCUCUCUCUCUCUCUCUCUCGGGUUCGCACAGCAGCCCCUCCCCCCUUUGAAACAGCAGCGACGAUUUUUCCGUCGCCACUGUUGCCACACGCCACCGUUUUGGGUGGCACCGGUCCCAAAAGAACUGGGCCACCUCCCACUUCCCAUUCCAACCAACCUCAGCCGCUGGAACUACCGGUGCUGGCUGGAAAUUGA